GCUGUAUCCUGCACAAUGUUGUAGAUUCUGUUUGGGUUAUUUCUUGUUUGUCUGAAUGUAUGGUGUUUGAACAGUGUAGUUUCUUUUAUGUGCAUGUUUUUGUUAGGUUUUAGGUCAGAUUAGGAAACCUGUGGAAGACUCAUUUCUUGUUUUCAUCGGGAGAAAGAUGACUAUUUGCUGCAGACUAGGGUUCUGUAGUAGGCCCUGCUUUGGCCUAACCUGUUUUGUCCAACACCUACAACUGUUUUUUUUUUUGGUUUAGUUUGUGUCUUUAUAAUAAACAUUUGUUUAUAGUAUGUUGUUAUUUUGCACAUUGUUUUAGUUAUGGGCACAGCACAAGGGACUUUGUUGCGUUCAAAUUCGUGUUGUGGGCGGAUUUUGGACCUAACGUAUGUAAUGCGAACCCCAUUUGCAAGCACGUUGAAUACCUUGGUGAACUCGGCAAGGGAGAUUGAGAGGGAACCAACAGACUGGAAAAAAAUGCAACGGGAACGCAUUCUGCCCAACGACACCGGCGGGACGUAAAAUCUGAACUUCAACUGUGCGAACGAAUAAAGACGGAAUUAACACGGUUAAAACGGCGCGCACAAGUUGUUUGAGAAUCCAUUUUCAGAUGGCGGGUACCAGAAAAGUGAUUGAACUCUUCUAUGAUGUUGUAUCUCCUUACACUUGGUUGGGAUUCGAGGUACUCUGUCGCUACAGGAAUGUGUGGAAUAUUGACCUUAAACUCCGCCCAGCCUUUUUGGGUGGAAUCAUGCAGGGAUCAGGCAACAAACCUCCAGGUCUCGUCCCCAACAAGUUUGCUUACAUGGGGAAAGACUUGACGCGGCUGGCACAGUACUUUGGCGUCCCUCUCGCCUUCCCUGCAAACCCCUUCGAAGCUAUGUUUGAGAAAGGCUCCCUGCCGGCGAUGCGCUUCGUCACGGCGGUGGCCGAGAGCGGGGAAGGCAGAGAGGCCGACGUGGAGAAGGUGUCCAGGGAGCUUUGGAUGAGAAUAUGGAGUCGGGACGAAGACAUCACCCUCCCCGCCUCGAUCUCUGAGGCAGGUCUGAAGGCUGGACUUCCUGCCAAUGAAAUAGAGGAACUUUUGAAACUGGCAGGCUCUCCGAAAAUCAAGGAAAAGUUGAAGAGCUCAACCCAGGAAGCAUUAGGUUAUGGGGCAUUUGGAUUCCCUCUCAUAAUCUGUCAUGUUAAUGGGAAGAAGGAGAUGUUCUUUGGGUCAGAUCGAUUCGAGCUCAUGGCACACUGCAUAGGGGAGCAGUGGUUGGGACCUCAGCCGGCCACGAUGAGUGCCAAAAUGUGACCCUCAGUCAUAACUGUCUGCAGUGGAAAGGAAUGUAGUGAUUUUAAUAGAAUGUUUUCUGAUUUUAAUAAAUCUCUCACACAAACUAGGA